CGCAAGAAGGGCGACUUCCGGCUGCGCUGAAGUUUAAAUAAUUGGUUUUAUUUUGCCUUAAUUAAACCAAAGGAUCGAAGUACAAUACAUCAAAACAACAGCGGCACAAUAAUCCCUGCAUUAAAAGCAUCAGUAUGUAGGGCAGACAUUACAGUGAGGCUAGCCGCAGAGCUAACAGUCACUCCUGCCUGUGCUCACUGCAUGCUGUCUGUCUGUCCACCAGCAUUUAUCUACAAAACAUCGAACUCUUGCUGUAACCUGCAAAUGAUUUCAAACAUCUGAGCGAUAAUGGACUUUAAGAGGGAAAAAGACAAUGAAACCGAAUGUGCAAAGAUCACCACCGUGCUUCUGAAGUCCCGCACAGGGGAGUUCGAUUUGGAAUCCAUUUUGUUUCUUAAACUGAGGAAUUUAGGAAUUUAUGACCUUGGAUGUAUAGGAGAGUGUGUAAACUUGGAGAGGCUGGACCUCUCAGGAAAUAACAUCACAAAUCUGGGGCCUCUUUCACCCCUACGAAGACUUCUUGUCCUUAACUUGUCUGCCAAUAGAAUCUCCAAUUUAGAACCCCUUUCAAGUUGUGAAAGUUUACAGAGUCUGAAUUUGGCUGGCAAUGUGAUACCGAGUGUUGAUAAUCUCCAUGCACUUAAGUCUUUAUGGAAACUGGAGAGCAUUAGACUGAAGGACAACACCUAUAAUUACACCAAUCCAGUCUGCAAGAAUUCUUCAUAUCGCACCCUUCUCCUUGAAAUCUUCCCAAACAUCAAAGUAAUGGAUGGUGAAAGGGUGGUGGGGCGUGGAAGUGACCUAUACCAACUAUGCAAAGACAUUGAUGAUACAAUCAAAGCAGGCUUUUAUAAAAAUGGCCAACUGUCGGAGGUAGCAGAAUGUAAACCUUGGGUAGAUGAUGGCUUUUGGGAGAUAAAAAGAUCAAACAAUGCCAUCGUUGAUGAAGCCUAUAAACAAUUCAGUGAUGUUCUUCAUGAAUGCAGACUGCUGAACAGUAGAGCAGCUCAUGUGAUCUCACAAAAUGAAAGGACCAUCAGCCUCAAGAACCAAACAAAGCAGUAUGCUGUUUAAAUCUGGUGAUGACUCUUACUGAAUAUUUGUUUUCCAUUUGCAAAGAAUGCAUAUGUUUUCCACAGCUUAUGUCUUUUUAAAAGUACAUAUGCUUGAUGCAUCACCAGUGCCAGAAAUCCAAAAUGCUCUGUGUUGCCUGCAGUGUGAGGGUUUCGUUUUCGUACCUACAACUGAGUACUUUUUGAUUCUGUAGUUACCCUGAAUCCAUUUUGAUCACUGGCUCAGGAUGUUCUGAAUCAAAAGAAUCCUCUUUGCACUCCUAACACAAUACUGUAUCAGACAUUAUGCUUUAAAUUAUGCUUAAAAUGCUGCUAUUUGUAUAUUUCGUAAUAGUGAUGCAAUUCGUUUGUUUAUUAACCAUUUCUGAGGCUUUCCCAUGUUGCACUUCUUCAUUAAAUUUUUUGAAUAAUGCUUUUGCCUUUUUAUUGUACGCCUAAUGUGGACAAACUUUUGUAAUUGAAUACAGCAGUGUGUGUGGCUGUUUGGUUCAUACAAUUUUUUUUCCCUUUUAUUUGCUAAAAUAUAAUAAAUAUUGAAAUGACAUCUAAACUGUAAAUAUAUAUGAUCAGCUUUGCAUUUACAUUAGAUAAAGAAGUACAUUC